UACACAACAUGAUGAAGCCACAUAAACAACAACAACAACAACAGUAAACAAAUUACAUUAUUUUACAUCCCAACUAGCUAAGCUAGUUGCCCUCCCUCCAUCCAUCCAUCCAUCCAUCAUAUGGCUGAUUCCACCCCUCUUCUCUGCCAAACCCACUCCUCAUUUUCUGAUACAGCAGAACCGCCACAAACACCCACCAAACACCUUCCAUCCCUCGGCUCCACAGUAGAAAUCUGCAUAGGCCACUUCAAUUGGUCCCAGUUCCUCCAAUCCAUCAUCGUCUCCUUCGCCUGGGUCUUCGACGCUCAACAAACCUUCAUCACUGUCUUCACCGACGCGCUGCCACCGUGGCACUGCACCAAUGACGCAUGCACCGAAGCCUCCGCCAACCUAUGCGACCUCCCCAGGGGCUCGUGGGCCUGGACCGGGCCCCUGCAUGCCUCCACAGUGUCGGAGUGGGGCCUGGAAUGCGCCAACUCGGUCGUGGCCGGGCUCCCCGCGUCGGCCUUCUUCGUCGGCUGCCUUGUCGGGGGCUUCGGGCUGGCCACGCUGGCUGACUCAUCGCUCGGUCGGAAGAACACGUUGUUCUUCUCGUGCCUCUUGAUGGGUCUCACUUCGUUGCUCGCGACUCUUUCGCCCAACGUUUGGAUCUACUCCGCGCUCAAGUUUCUCAGCGGGUUUGGUCGCGCCACCAUUGGGACUUCCGCGCUUGUUUUGGCGUCGGAGCUCGUCGGAAAACGGUGGCGCAGCCAGAUUAGUGUUGUCGGGUUCCUUUGUUUCACUUUGGGGUUCUUGUCCCUGCCAGCUAUUGCAUUCAUAAACAGGAGUGGUUCGUGGAGGAACCUUUACCUGUGGACUUCUAUUUCAACAAUUUUCUACUGCAUAUUGAUGAAGUUGUUCGUUACGGAGUCCCCAAGGUGGCUUCUAGUGCGGGGAAGAACAGAAGAAGCGGUUGCUACGCUAAAAUGCAUCACAUCAAUCACUCAAAGCAACCUCAAUUUGGCCAUUAAUAAUAUGUCCCACAAGGAAGAAACUUGGAACGUGGAUUUGUUCUCCGCCGUCAAAAUUCUUCUGCAAAAGAAAUGGUCUUCCAAAAGGUUACUAUCGAUUAUGACCAUGGGAAUUGGCAUUGGAUUGGUGUAUUACGGAAUGCCACUAGGUCUUCAAAACUUGUCCUUCAACCUUUACUUGAGUGUCACAUUCAAUGCACUGUCAGAGUUACCCUCCGCGAUGAUCGUGUUCUUCCUCAUAGACAAGAUCAAUAGGAGAAGCGGAAUUCUUCUCUUCACAACCCUGAGUGGUGUUUUCAGUUUGAUGUCGACCAUCCAAGCGAAGCCCUGGACCAAUCUGCAAAUAGUGUUCGAGCUGAUAUCCUUCUUCUGCGCUUGUUCCGCUUUCAACAUUUGCCUCAUUUACACGACGGAACUGUUCCCAACUUGUGUGAGGAAUUCGGCGUUGGCGAUGGCGAGGUUGGCGCUGGUGAUUGGUGGCUCCUUGUGCCCCUUGCUGGUGAGUGCUGGAAGGAAGAACAAGUUUCUGUGUUACGGGGUUUUGGGGUUGGCGAUAGCAUUUAGUGGGGUCUUUGGAAUAUUCUUGCCUGAGACUAGGGGAAGAUCACUAAGUGACACAAUGGAUGAAGAAGAAAACAAAGCCAAAAAUAUGAACACUGAGAUAUUGGCAUGAUGAAAUAUAAGGAUUUUGGAAAACAUCGAUCGAUCGUGUUUGUGUUUCUGCUAGUGCAUUUGCUCCGAUUGACGAGUUCUAAAAAGUUGCUGUGUAGGUUCAAAAAGCCUUACUAUAAUAAUGCAUGGGAAAUUUUGUUCUUUUUGUUAA